CGGAAGUUAUUUUUAGUAGUUGUGUUCAUCAAACAUGCAACGACUUUUGCGUCGAAAUCUACCCAUUUCAAGGCAACGUGUCAUAACAUGUGAUUGUAUAAAACAGCUAUUUGCUUCUGUUUGCUCAUCGGUAUUUUAUUUGCGGGUGGCUCGAUCCAGUAUCUACAGUACGACUACUACUAACAGUGAUACACAGACCAAAGAUAUGGCUGUUACACGGACAAACGCAAUUUCAAAACAGAAAUUUGACUACCUUUUAGUGUUAGACUUUGAAGCAACAUGUGACAACAAAUCGCGACUGAUUCCACAGGAGAUCAUAGAAUUUCCAUGUCUCAAAGUGAAUGCGAAAACCCUGCAGAUUGAGUCUCAGUUUCACCAGUAUGUUCAACCACAAGUUCAUAAACAGAUUACACCAUUUUGCACUGAACUCACUGGCAUCAUUCAAGACAUGGUGGAUGGUAAACCUCAUUUGAAAGAGACUCUGGAGGCUUUUCAUGAGUGGAUGUUAUCCGAAGGUUUGAUGAAGGACGGGGUCUCCUCCAUAUUUGUCACGUGUGGAGACUGGGAUCUCAAAACUAUGCUUCCCAGUCAGUGUAAAUAUUUUAAUAUUCAGCCACAUCCUGUUUUUUCACGAUGGAUAAACAUUAAGAAGUCUUUUGCAAACUUGACUGGUGUGUUCCCUAGAGGCAUGAUGGGUAUGCUGAGCAAGUUGAAUAUACCACACAAAGGCAGACACCAUAGUGGAAUAGAUGAUUGUAAGAACAUUGCCAGCAUAUUGAUAACCAUGAUUCAGCAAGGACACAUAUUCCAACAGACUUCUCAUCCUGAAAAGCUAUAGGCCAAUAUUUGGAUACUGAAAACCAGCUUUCUAGAUCUUCAUCUAGUGAUCUGAACUACUUUUAUGAUUCCGUCCAUUUGUACAUGUUUUAUUUCAUUAGAUCUGUGCACAUAAUGGUCUGGCAAAAAUGCAGCUAUGAAUAAACAGGCCCUUGGAUCAGUGGUUAAGAAAUACUAUUACAGAGCACCAUGACAUCUAAAACCAAGGUCAUGCCUUGCCAGGGACAGAGGCAGCGACAGUUAUCUCUGCCUCAGAAAAAUCUGAAAUAGAACCCUUUUUUAGUUUUAAAAUACCCUUAUUGUCUAGCUGGAGAAGACUGUAUAUUAAUAUAGUGAUAAAGACAUUUUCAAGCUGUGUGAUUAAUUUUAUCUUGGAUCACAUAUAUGUGCGAUCUAGACUGGAAUUUGUAAAUGGGGAAUUCCCUUUUUAUUUUUACUGGAGUCAGUGCCUUUUUAAUACUGAUGUCAUGUCUGAUUUACAAAUUAUAUCACUUUGUAUUUCAAACAUUACACAAGAUUGCUGCAGAGUAUGAUUCUUAAUUAAGUCCAUGAAAGAAGGAUUGAUUAAUAGAUUUAAGAAAGUGUAGUUAUAUAUGAUGUUAAAUUAGAAACCAUUUUUGUCAAAAUUAAAAGAAGGUACCGGGUAUGUAAUAAAUACAGAACUUCACAUACGUUGUUUUCGCUUCCUAUUUAUUGCACUUAUUUAUUUUAGGCAAGAACAUACCACUCAACCACUAUGCGGUGAUAUGGUGUAUAUUCUUGCGCAAAAUAAACUUGUGCAAUAAAUAGGAAGCGAAGUGAAGUUCUGUACAUGUAGUGACCCAAUUCCGUUUUUUUAAACCGAUAUGUGACCUGGUUUAGGCUAAAUACAGCUAUAACAGUUUAUAUGGAGAGACCUCUUAAAAUACUAAAUGGUAGGAAGGUAUGGAGUUUAACAUAUACCGUACAGAAAUAGCACUCAAGAUAGAUUUUAACCAAAUACUUCUAUUGUUAUCAGUCUUUCAACAGAACAGAUUGAUUACCAAUUUUGUUUUGCAAGGAUAGCCAGAUAUGUGAUCAACUCAUUAGUUUGAAAGAUAGCCUACUGAUGAGACUGCAAUGUGGUAAAACAAAAGGAUUUUAUUUCUCUCAAUAAUUCAAAAAUUGCUAUUUUUAUAAUUUGAGUAGAUUCAGAAUAAUAAAAUAAUUUGGUUUGGGGGGGAUGGGGGGGGGGGGGGUUGUUAUAGACAUAUUUACUGGUGUAAACCAUCAUGUGUUUUCUUGAUGUGUCAAUUCCAACUAUAUCAGCAAAACAUGAAAUUAAUCCAUUUAUACAUACCAUAUGUAUCUUGAAAACCGUAAAUGAUGGAGGAAUUUCCAGUUUCAGUGUUAAAACAUGUACCGAUAUUCUGGUUUACUGGUUUUGAGUGAUUGGACUAUUAUGCAAACCAAUUAUCCCAAAUUUUGUAAUAUUGUGUAUAGACAAAGGAAUUUGGCUUUGGUAAUUACUGUAUUAUAAAUGCUUUUGUACAAAUCAUAGACAACAGAUAUGUGUGAUGUAAUUUGGAUAUCUUUAUAAAGGAACUAACUUUUGUAAUUUGCACAUCAAAGACAAUGCUUUUUUAACAUGUAGUAGGGUUUUUUUGGUUUUUUAAUUUACAUAGAUUACAAAGUAUGUGAGAUUCUGUAAUUUGUACAGAUCAUAGUCAUAGUAUUUGAGGGUUUUUUACUAUGUACUUUUUUGUAAUCUGUAUAGAUCAUAGACAAUAUAUCUGAAUUUUCGUAUAUUAAAAAAAGUACUAGUUUGCCAAAUGCUUAGUACUACUGUAACA